CUGCGUCAUGUGAGUCCAUUUCAGUGAUCGUUCACUUCGAUCCGUUGUUCGUUGUUCGCGUUGAUCAUUCUGUGUUCUACCGGCCUUUCGCAUGCAUUGCUCGUGCUCCUUAGCCAUCUGACGAAUACACAAACCGAGACACCGUUCAAUCCUGCCUCAUUAAUAUCGCGCCCUCACCCACCAAGUUGCGCUGUUUCCGCCUGCUGCUAUCGUUUGCCAACAACACGAAUAUACCCGAUCCUAGAUUUGCCACGAGGCUCCUUGCGAUCUCGAGAUCCCUCCUCCCAUAAGCUCAGCCACCAAAUUACUCUUCAAAAGUCGGUGACUCCACCGGCAAACCAACGUCAAGAUGAUGAAAAUAUGGUCUAUGGUAGGCUGUUCUGUCCACGCCACUACGCCCGCACUGAUGGCAACCUCCAGAAACAACAGCAACAGAAAGAUGAGCAAGCACAAGGAACAACACAGAAAAAGAAGAAGGUGACGGCCGCUCAGCUGCGGGUGCAGAAAGAUUUGAGCGAGGUGUCUUUGGGUUCGACGAUGAAGACAACAUUCCCUAAUCCGGAUGAUAUCCUUAAUUUCCAGCUCACGAUCGAGCCGGAUGAAGGCAUGUACAAGGGCGGUAGCUUCGUAUUCAACUUUACGAUCAACCAGAACUACCCCCACGAUCCUCCCAAGGUCAAAUGCACGCAGAAGAUCUAUCAUCCAAACAUCGACCUGGAGGGUAACGUAUGCUUGAACAUUCUGCGGGAAGACUGGAAGCCAGUGCUGAAUCUGAAUGCGGUGAUCGUGGGCAUGCAGUUCCUCUUCCUCGAACCCAAUGCAUCCGAUCCAUUAAAUAAGGAGGCCGCGGAAGACCUGCGAAAUAAUCGGGAGGGAUUCAGAAGGAACGCAAGAACGGCAAUGGGUGGUGGUGCGGUUAAAGGCCAGAGCUACGACCGGGUAUUGCGAUGAGAACCCCACGAUUCAAAGAAUGAUAGACACGAUGAAUGACACGACUUCAUAUUCGUUGAGGAUUUUACGCAUUGCUGGCAAGAUUUUUAGGGGCUCUAGAGGCAUUGAUACAGGUCUGGAGAAGACAAUCCGAUGUGUUGGUGGGAAACAUCUACACGUCGUCCAGAUGAAUAGAUGAGUUCAGCAUAUUUGCAGCAUGGCAAGCACCCAUUCCAGAAUACUGCAGAUGGAUCAUUUGUCGAGGACCCUACGAGUAGAGGCUCACGAGGGCAACUACCAUGGUGACAUGGGUGCUCCAGACCCAGGGUUCGGGGAGACUAAGGCUUCUCCGAGAACAAUGGCCACCGUCGCAGC